UGCGCGCCUGUAGGAGAAAUUAGCUGGGGAUUGCAGAAUACGAAUGUCAAACGAUUGAUGAUUAGUAUUCGCAUGCUGCUGCUCUGAGUAGAAGGCUAGAAUAAGCCCCCCUCCCUGCACCUGUCCCGCUGCUUCUUGUGGUCGCGCAGGAGUUGAAUCUCGAGGCGAUUUCACUCACUUUCAUUGUUGACUACAGCGUGGUGGGUUCUGGUUGUUGCUCGUGAAAAUGACUUCGACGUACAGUGGUCUGGAUUUUCAUCCAGAUAGGAUGGUAGAAAGCCGGUUGAUGAUGAGCUCGGAAGAUACAACCAACGGCAGCAAGAUGAACGGUUCCAUUGAGAACCUGGAAACGCCUGACCAUGACUCCAUCAAGAUGUUCGUUGGCCAGAUACCUCGCUCCUGGACAGAAACCGAGCUCAAGGAGCUGUUUGAGCCCUACGGCGCCGUGCACCAGAUCAACAUCCUCCGAGACCGCACCGCCACACCCCCCCAGAGCAAAGGAUGCUGUUUUGUAACAUUUUAUACCAGAAAAGCUGCCCUGGAGGCCCAGAAUGCAUUGCACAACAUAAAGACCUUAACUGGGAUGCAUCAUCCCAUCCAGAUGAAACCCGCCGACAGCGAGAAAACAAACGCGGUGGAAGACAGAAAACUCUUUAUCGGAAUGGUGACGAAGAAAUACGGCGAGAACGAGGUUCGGCUGAUGUUCUCUGCUUUCGGCCAGAUAGAGGAAUGCCGAAUUCUCCGUGGGCCCGACGGUCUGAGCAGAGGCUGUGCGUUUAUCACAUUUUCUACCAGGGCUCAGGCUGCGAAUGCAAUCAAAUCCCUGCAUCAUUCUCAGACAAUGGAGGGCUGCACUUCUCCCAUGGUGUGUAAGUUUGCGGACACUCAGAGGGACAAGGAGCAGCGGCGCUUGCAGCAGCAGAUGGCCCAACAGAUGCAGCAGCUUAACAGCGCCUCCACCUGGGGAAAUCUGGCAGGGUUGGGAGGCCUCACGCCACAGUACUUGGCCUUGCUCCAACAGGCGACGGCUACCAGUAACCAGAGUACUUUUGGUAACCAGAGUACUUUUGGUAACCAGAGUACUUUUGGUAACCAGAGUACUUUUGGUGGCAUGCAGAGACUAGGAGGUGUGAACCAGCUGCAGCUGCAGAACCUGGCCACAUUAGCAGCUGCCGCCUCUGCAGCCCAAAACUCAGGCGGCUCCACCAACGCCCUGUCAGCCAACAGCGCUUUAGGUAAUCUCUAUAACUCAGCAGCCGGCCAGACAACAGGUUCCAGCGCGGGUGCAGCCAUGAACACCCUGGCCUCUCUGGGCCUGACCCAGGGCCUUGGCGGGGGUCUGACGGGGGCCUCCAUGGGCCUCAACAACCUCAAUGCCCUCACUGGGGGGGUCAGCGGUGAGUAUGCCCUCAUGUUAGGUAUGGCUGCUAUGAACGGGGGCCUGGGGGCCUCGAUGGCUAAUGGCUCUGGAGCGAGCUCCAUGGAUGCCCUGACCCAGGCUUACUCAGGGAUGCAGCAGUACACUGCUUCCGCCCUGCCUUCCCUCUACAGCCAGUCCCUGCUGCAGGGUGCAGCCGGCGGGAGCCAGAAGGAGGGUCCUGAGGGGGCUAACCUGUUCAUCUAUCACCUGCCCCAGGAGUUUGGAGACCAGGAUGUCCUUCAGAUGUUCAUGCCUUUCGGAAACGUUGUCUCUGCCAAAGUCUUCAUUGACAAACAGACCAAUCUGAGCAAAUGCUUCGGGUUCGUUAGCUACGACAAUCCAGUGUCGGCGCAGGCCGCCAUCCAGGCCAUGAACGGCUUCCAGAUCGGCAUGAAGAGGCUCAAGGUGCAGCUGAAGCGCUCCAAGAAUGACAGCAAACCCUACUGAUCGUACCCAGGGCAGGGGCCUUCCCCUGGCUCUGUGUUAGCACUGCUAGGAACAAAUCUUCAUGCCUGUUUGCUCAUCGUUAGCCUAGCAUGUCCUCAUGGUGUUGAAAACCGACUCCAAACUCCUCUUCCUCCCGGCUACUCAUCCUCCCACCAUUGUCUCUAAAGCUCGCCUGACCAAUAGGCUACCUGGGCACACACCCCGCUGACCUUUGACCUAUGACAUUUGACCUUAGCUCAACAUGAUUGGGUGUGUCCAAAAUGGCACCCUGCUCCCUAUAUGGUGCACUGCUUUUGCCCAGAGCCUUUUUGACCAGUGCAAGUUACUGGACUAUAUAGGGAAGAGGCUGCCAUUUUGGAUACAGAGCUGAUUUUGUUUAUGCAUGCAACUUUGUUUUUCUUUUUUCCUGUAUAAAAUGUGAGGGGAGGUCGGUCAAGCAAAAUCAAUGUGAAAUCUUACCUGCGCUCAUUUCAUUUAAAAUACUUUGUUUUUGUACAUUUUCUGCAAAUGCAAAAGAAAAAAAAAAACUUGUUUUAAAAGCCUGUGGGAUUGUUAUUUUUGUUUUGUAAUUUGCUUGUUUCUGUUGCUCGUUUCUUUUUUACCUCUUCUCUCUCAGUAUAAAGUUCACUUGAAAGUUUGAAUACAGGGACUAGCACAGCGCUGUGCUACUUUGUGCCAUUAGUAAUACGUCUGCUUCUGAAACAACAAAAUAAUGCUGUGUCCAAAAUGGCACCCCCAUCUCCUAUGUAGUUCACUACUUUUUACCCAGGCCCUGGGCUCUAGUCAAAAGUAGUGCACUAUGUAGGGAAUAGGAUACCAUUUUAGACCGCACCCUAAGACCACUCGACUCGCGACACUUAUUAAAACUAGUGUGAAUAUAAACCAGAAUUGCCCCUCAGUGCUCUGUUAGGUUUUCACAUUUUCAAUUUUGUCACCAAGGCUGUUUAAAAAAAAAAGUGACUCUUGGCUUUCAUUUAAUUAAUAUAUGUGUAUUUGCCUAUUUUUGUUUUGUUCUUUUUUUUUCUAAAAUAUUUGACGGCACAACGGAGGUAGAUUUGCUCUUGACUACUAGGGGAAAUUACUACCUACUAUGAGUCUGAACUUUUUUUUAGAAAUGAUUCACAAAUAGACAAUCUGUGGUUUAAAUGCACACUUAGAUUACCUAUAUUUUAUACCAUUGAAUCUAUAGAAGUUUAAAGCUAAGUAAAACAGAAACCCAGGUUAACUUUGGGGUUCUUUUUGUAGAUUAUGUUGUAAUGUCAUCUAGGGUCUCAGUGUAUAUGUUUUUAAAUGGGUUGGGGGGGGGGGACUGUUUGCUCGGUCAACACAACACAGCCUUUCAAGAAAAUAACUGUCGUUACUAGCGGUGAUGUAAUUGAUACUUACAUGUGUUGUCAGAAUUCCUUUCUGGGUUAUUUGCUAUUUUUAACCUCUGCAACUUUUUUUCAGUUAAGUAGAUUGUCAUUGUCUCAUCUUGGGGAAUAUAUAUGACUAAAUUUAGUGUUUUUCCUACGUUAAAAGAAAAUAGUUUAAAUUUAGUGUUAAAUUCUUACGGUCUUGAGAUUUUUUUGUUUGUUGUUGUUGUGAAUUUCUUGUUGAUAAUUUCAUAAAUGGAUGUUUUUGCUUAUGGAUGCCUCAUAUUGCAAGAUAAUGUCUGUUACCACAGAAGACAGACGGGGCGUUUUUGUUUAAAGUGCCCAUGUGUCAAACUCGCUUUUUUAAUUUUUUUGGCUUUACAAUAUGCUGUCAUGUGAGUGCCCAAUUUCUCAACACACUUUGUUCUGUGACAGUAAGAACACUGGGAGCCCCUGAACGUGAAAUCACACAGGGGAAUUUUUAUUAGAUCUCGCUCUCUCUCUCUCUCACACACACACACACACACACACACACACACACACACACACACACACAAUGUAUUUGUUGGUGAUAAGAUAGUUGAAAUCCAACAUUUAAAAAAUUAAAGGAAUUUUCUAUUCAAAACGGUCACACAGUAUCUGUGUUAACUGUUGAACCUACCCCCCCCCCACACACACCAAAAGUGUUGGUUUACAAAAGCAUUCCAUGUUUCGGCAUAGUUUACUACUCAGAACAGAAGUGUCUUGAUUGGGUUGAUAAUGGACCAGCCUACUUUCUGUUAGUUGUACUGCAGAGAUGAUGGGACAGCGCAAAUCAUUUACAUCCAGCCCCCCCCCCUGCAUCUUGUUCCCCGCCCCAAAGAAAGGUUCCCCCAAAAAUAUGCUUAACUGGUCCCAUAUUCACAAAGCGUCUAGGAUCAGGUCCCACCUGUUCAUGUCAUCUUAUUCAUUGUAUGAUACAAACUCAAAAGCUGAUCCUAAAUCGGCACACCUAUACGGCGCUUUAUGAAUAUGACCCAGAAGGCGCUAAACAAGGGUCGUCAACUCAGGGUCCUUCGUGUUUGAGAUUCAGCUCUGUGUGGAAGAUGCCAAGCACUGCCUACGGUGUCUUUUUCUCAACAGACUUGGGAUUAACAAGCCACAAAAUGCUUUUUUUUCCAGUUUUGGUUAGGUUUUUUUUUACUUGCAAAUCACCCAAGAUGGCACCAGUUUAUUUUAUUUUUUAGCUUGAAAGUUCUAGCAGCACUUUAAGUUUUGAAGUGUUUGUUGUUGAAUGGUAGUGAUUUGGUUUUGUCUGUUUUAUAAGCAGAAAUAUUGGAGGCAAUGUAAACUUUUAUUUUUUUUGCAAAUCUGUUUUUUUUAAGCAUGGGUUGGUGGCACUUCCCAGAACUACUAAGGUACCACUAAUAAACAUUAUUUUAUGUUGAAUAAGAUGGGGAAUGUGCUUUUUGCAGUGAGUUUUUCUAUCCCAAUAUACAACACUCAGUGCCAUAUAUCUAGAAACUGCCUACACAGAUGCUAUUAGGCCUUGGUUUAGGGACUAGAGAUUACUGCAGUUAGGAACGCUCAGUUUGCUUUUCUUAUAAUAUACAUACCAGUGUGUCAUUAAGGCUAAAUCACCCGCUGAUGUGUUUCCCACUUUGUGAUGUUAUUGCUUCAAAUGGUACGUGAUGUACUGAAUUUUAACACAUUGGCAAGUAAUUUGUGAAUAUUAUCAUACAUUGAACAACCCAACCCUUUUUGAAGACAAAUCACCCUGUUAGUGAGUGGACAAAGUUGAGUGCUUUGCGGUACGGUCACAGACAAUGUAUUGCUAUAAUAUGAAAGCCUAGUUGUUGGGUAAAAUGGUAAAGUUACUGUAUAUUGAUUUGAUUUAUUGAUUAUAGAAUAGUAAUAUCCUUUUCACGUUAACCAAAACCUGGGUAGUGUCGCAUUAUUAACAUUGACUAUAUAACAGUUUGUUAAACAAUUUGGUAUGUAGGCUACAACAAACUGUUAACAAAUGUUAGUAAAUAUUUUAAUUGAUUAUAAUGGGUAGUUAUACAACUGUAUUGUGAAGUGUUACCGUAAAUGUUGAAAUAUAAGCACAAUAUAAAAAUCACACAUGGGUCAGGGUAUAGGAACUAGAAACUCUCACUUCGGGGGCUUCCGUCACAACCAUCAUUUUUAGGACUAAUUCCAAAUGGCACCCUAUUCCCUGUGUAGUCCACUACUUUUGACCAGGGCCCAUUUAAAUCUGGUCAAAAGUAGUGCACUAUGUAGGGAAUAGGGUGCCCCGUGCGACUUUUCUCAGUAUCUAUCACUGGUCACCGUUUUUCUAUUCUCAUACUCUGAAGUGCUGUUUGACAAAGUGUGGUAGCUUUGCAUCGCUUAGAUAUUGUCUUGGUCAAAAAUCUCUGUCCUUUUUUCUGAACCGUUUUUUUUUUUCUUAUCUGAUGAUUUAAUAAUUGAUAGGACUUCAUGUUCUUCUCCACAUAAAUUAUUUGAUAGAUGUUUGUUGUCUUGAGAAAAGCCAAAGUCGCGGUCCAUCUUCAUGCUGAUCUGUAAAACAUUUACAGUAGGGAUUUUGUUUUUAAUUAAACUUUUGAAAUUUGGGUGGGAUUUGAAGAAAAAAAAAAAGACAAACUGGCUCUUUCCAAUUUCUACAAUACUGGUUGUGCAUAUGUAUUUUGUACCAGUGAAGCUUUUUUUAUAUUGGAAAUAAUUAAAGAAAAAAAUAUAUAUUGGAAAAAAAAAAUGUCUGUCCUCUCUAAGGCCCUUGCCUUGAAUGUGCUAGUCUUGAGUUUGGCUUCUUGGUGGUCGUCAAUGAUAACAUUUCUGAUAGUAGUACGUUUUUUUUGUUUUUCUUAAAUAAAUAACCUUAAUAUUGAUUUAAUUAACUUGCUUUCUACAUGUUCCUCACUUUGUUAUUCAGUUUCUAUAUUGGGGGGGGGUGGGGAUCCUCUAAAAUCGUGGUCAGUUUCAUGUUAGUGCUGUGCUCUGUCCACAUGGUUAUUAAAAAUGACCAUCUGGGCUUAUUAUAGACAACUUGUAUGGAUAGAUAAAUGUCUUAGUUUAAUAUUUGUUUAGUUUCUGGGCUUUUCCUUUUACCUGUUGGUAGAUAUUUCUAUUUUUCCCCAUAGAAGCAGUGGUGUGUAGUUGGAAAUCAGUCAAUGUUUUAUUUGGUAAAUGUUUGUUCAUGUGUGGUGUGUUUCUUUGCCUCUGUCUCCAAAAUUAAACCAUUUUUCCCUAAUA